GGCGGCGAACCAACGGCCCGUCCCGCUGCCCAGCCCGGCAGGUGCGGCGGCCGCCGUCGCCGCCCGGAAGGGUCCGCACCGCCCAGGCUCUGGGGCCGCAGGCUUCAGGCGCUUGAUGUGCGAGAUCGCGGUCUCAGCUGUUUGAGGACUUCCCAUUUUCACUUUUUAUCUUUGUCUGUUUUCGAGCCUCUCAGUUUUUAGCCAAUCAAAGGGAAAUGGACUUGGAUUGACAUAAAAACUCUUAAAUUGCUUCCAAGUAGAGUCCUUGAGUGCUUAGAAUGAGUUGUGUCUUAAGCAGUGAAUAUGAAAUGUUGCAGUUGUGGUACUUACCAUGAAACGUAAAUUUUCAAGCAAGCAGAUUUAGGGUUACUCUCCAGCUCUUGGCCUGGUUGCUAGUCUUAGUAGGAAUGUACAGAGCUCUUUAAAUACUUAACAAGGACUGAAAAAGGAUAUUUUGUAUAUUUUACUAUUUGUAAAACAAUCAGUAAAUUCCUAGGAGCUAGAGACGUUUGAGAUAAUCAUCAUCAAAAUCACAAAUUUAACUAACAUUUAUCAGAUAAUGUUAGUCCUUGCUGAUGAUAAUGAAGAUAAUUCAAAUGAUGGGACCCAGCCACCCAAAAGGAGGCGAAUGGGCUCUGGAGAUAGCUCUAGGAGUUGUGAAACUUCAAGUCAAGAUCUUGGCUUUAGUUACUAUCCAGCAGAAAACUUGAUAGAGUACAAAUGGCCACCAGAUGAAACAGGAGAAUACUAUAUGCUUCAAGAACAAGUCAGUGAAUAUUUGGGUGUGACCUCCUUUAAACGGAAAUAUCCAGAUUUAGAGCGACGAGAUUUGUCUCACAAGGAGAAACUCUACCUAAGAGAGUUAAAUGUCAUUACAGAAACUCAAUGCACUCUAGGUUUAACAGCAUUGCGCAGUGAUGAAGUGAUAGAUUUAAUGAUAAAGGAAUAUCCAGCCAAACAUGCUGAAUAUUCUGUUAUUCUACAAGAAAAAGAACGGCAGCGAAUCACAGACCAUUAUAAAGAGUAUUCUCAAAUGCAACAACAGAAUACUCAGAAAGUUGAAGCCAGCAAAGUGCCUGAGUAUAUUAAGAAAGCUGCCAAAAAAGCAGCUGAAUUUAACAGCAAUUUAAACCGAGAACGCAUGGAAGAAAGAAGAGCUUAUUUUGACUUGCAGACACAUGUUAUCCAGGUGCCUCGAGGGAAGUACAAAGUUUUGCCGACAGAGCGAACAAAGGUCAGUUCUUACCCAGUGGCUCUCAUCCCCGGACAGUUCCAGGAAUAUUACAAGAGGUACUCACCAGAUGAGCUGCGGUAUUUGCCGCUGAACACAGCCCUGUACGAGCCCCCUCUGGAUCCCGAGCUGCCUGCUCUGGACAGCGAUGGUGAUUCAGACGACGUGGAAGAUGGUCGUGGUGACGAGAAACGGAAGAGUAAAGGCACUUCGGACAGCUCCUCUGGCAAUGUAUCCGAAGGCGAAAGCCCUCCUGACAGCCAGGAGGAUUCCUUCCAGGGAAGACAGAAAUCUAAAGACAAAGCUGCUACUCCGAGAAAAGAUGGUUCCAAACGCUCUGUACUGUCCAAAUCAGUUCCUGGGUACAAGCCAAAGGUCAUUCCAAAUGCUAUAUGUGGAAUUUGUCUGAAGGGUAAGGAGUCCAACAAGAAAGGAAAGGCUGAAUCACUUAUACACUGCUCCCAAUGUGAUAACAGCGGCCAUCCUUCUUGCCUGGAUAUGACCAUGGAGCUUGUUUCUAUGAUUAAGACCUACCCAUGGCAAUGUAUGGAAUGUAAAACAUGCAUUAUAUGUGGACAACCCCACCAUGAAGAAGAAAUGAUGUUCUGUGAUGUGUGUGACAGAGGUUAUCAUACUUUUUGUGUGGGCCUUGGUGCUAUUCCAUCAGGUCGCUGGAUUUGUGACUGUUGUCAGCGAGCCCCCCCAACACCCAGGAAAGUGGGCAGAAGGGGGAAAAACAGCAAAGAGGGAUAAAAUAGGUUUUUGACCCUAAUAUUGUAUAUGCAUUUAAGUGGAAUAUUUGGUGCCAAUUUAUUUACAUUUUCAUUUUUAUGUCAAUAAAAGAAUUUUGAAAUUAAA